AUGGCGUUUUUCACUCGAUCACUGCAGGACUUGCCAACAAUAUCUGUUAAUGAUGUCUACAGAAUUAUUCAGACUUUCUCGAAAGCGCCCACAUCUAAAAAGGACAAAGGAUUCAAGCUUUGUGUGUCCAACUACAUAAAUAAGUACGAAGUUUCAAACAAGGAGGCAGGAGAAGUCACAGUUAGGGCUGAGUGUUUCCAGUCAAUGAGGAAAAGCCAGAAGCCCCACUGUUUGAGUAUGGUGCUGAGGGAAUCAAAGCCGGUGGAGUUUCAGGGAUGUCAGUGCACCUGUGUGGCAGGUACAGUCCUGUGCAGCCAUGUGGCAGCUCUGCUUUUCCAGACGGCUCACUACUCCCAGUUGAAGCUUCCAGCUGUUCCUCCAGUCCUAAGCUGCACAGACACCGAACAAAAGUGGCAUAAACCGAGGACAAUGGGCAUAAAACCUGGUCCAGUUAAGGACAUGGUCGUCCUGUCAGCAAAACCAAGAGAGAGGAAAAUCUUUGAAGGAAUUAGAAGCAACUUGUAUAAAGGCACUACCAGCCCUCUGCCACUCAUCUCGACCCUAAGGAUACAGGAUGUGUACCGGGGACUUCCAGCUGAAGAAGCGCCAAUGAUCACCACAAUGGCUGUCUCCAACGAUGUCCCUCUUGUUGACUCUUUGUUUGGUCCAGUACAAGAGGGAAGUGUUCUGUCAUAUCAGCUGCCAGCAAAGGUAGUUCCCAGGACCCGUCCACACCAACACGUCCUUUCUCCCCCACAGCUUCCACUCUACAAUUACAGGCUUGAACACUCCAGCUGUGCAUAU